ACAUGAGCUUGACAGCCAUUCUUAUCUACUUGCUCAGUAGAUUAUUCUCUCUCUUCUGGCUCUCGCCCACCAGCUCGAGACGGCGAUUGCACCUUAACGGUUUCGACGGUCCUCGACCGAGCUUUCCAUGGGGAAAUCUCAUGGAAAUGUACAGGAAAGUUGAUCGAUCAAAUUCUCUUGGUAUUAGCCAUAACAUCCACUCCACUGUCUUCCCUUACUUCGCAACAUGGAGGAAAAUAUUUGGGAAGGUUUUCAUAUACUGGCUGGGUACUGAGCCUUUUUUAUACAUUGCUGAACCUGAGUUUCUUAAGAAAGUGGCCUCAGGAGGCAUGGGGAAGAAAUGGGGAAAGCCUAAUGUGUUCAAGCAUGACCGGAAGCCUAUGUUCGGGAAAGGAUUGGUUAUGGUUGAGGGAGAUGACUGGACUCAUCACCGCCAUAUUAUCGCACGAGCUUUCUCUGCAAACAAUUUGAACUCUAUGAUGGGGAAGAUGGUAGAAUCAACCAUGAACAUGCUGGACACCUGGAGCAACCGUCUCGCCAUUGGCAUCAAUGAGAUAGACGUUGAAAAUGACAUCACAAGAAACGCAGCUGAAAUCAUAGCCAAAGCCAGCUUCGGCAUCAGCCAAGAAAAUGGCAAGAAAGUAUUCGAGAAACUGCAAGCCAUGCAAAUCAUGCUCUUCCGAUCAAAUCGCCUCGUAGGAGUUCCUUUCAGCAAAAUUCUAUUUCCAAAACAAUCUUACAAGGCGUGGAAACUUGGCAAAGAAAUCGACCAACUUCUACUCACCAUCAUAAGCUCGAGAAGGGAGAAUCCAGCGAGCAAUGAUCAGAAGGAUUUACUUGGUUUUAUGUUUGCGGAGAACGAAGAGAAGGCGCCGACGAGUAAGAGGAAGCUUACGAGCAGGGAGUUGGUUGAUGAGUGCAAGACAUUUUUCUUUGCAGGACAUGAGACUACUGCGCUUGCGCUUAGUUGGACGCUUCUGUUGUUGGCUUUGUAUCCCGAGUGGCAGAAGGCGUUAAGAGAGGAGAUUGAGGAGGUUUCAAAAGGGGAGCCGCUUAGCGCUGAUAUGCUUGUGAGGCUAACCAAGAUGGGAUGGGUAUGGAAUGAGGUUCUUCGUCUAUACUCGCCGGCACCGAAUGUACAGAGACAGGCGAGAGAGGAUGUGGUCAUCGGAGAUAUUGUUAUCCCAAAAGGAACUAAUAUGUGGAUUGAUGUGGUUGGCAUGCACCAUGAUCCAACUCUAUGGGGUGAUGAUGUGAAUGAGUUCAAGCCAGAGAGAUUUAAGGACAACAUCAAUGGAGGAUGCAAGCAUAGGAUGGGGUUCUUACCAUUUGGAUUUGGUGGGAGAAUUUGCAUAGGAAGAAACUUAACAAUCAUGGAGUACAAGAUUGUUUUAAGUCUCAUCCUUCGCAAAUUUUCUUUAUCGGUCUCACCUACAUACAUUCAUUCACCAAGGAUUCUGUUGUCCUUAAGACCUUCUCAAGGAGUACCAUUGAUCCUUCAUCAUUUGUAGAGUGAUGAACUUUGAAAGAAUUUGGUUGGAAAGUCUGUGCUUUACAUUAAUUGGUUUUAGUUUUUGUGCUUGGAGAAAGCAUUCAUUACAAAUAAAAUAUAGGUAGAUGUAACAUAUGCAAUUGGUUUUUAUCUUCUCCUACCUCUAUGGUGGGAAGAGCACUAAGUCCAAUUUAAAACGUUAUUUUCUUACUAUUUUUAAAGGAAGAUCUCUGGCUAC